UUUUCCAUGAUCUCUUUACUUGCAUUCCACCAUUCAUUGGGCUUUACAAUCUGUUCAAAUUGAUAAUUCAUCAAUCAUCAUUUUUUUCCAUUAUGACGUCUGCUGAUAAGCAAAUUCAACAAUAAUCAUUAUUGAUGAUUCGUGAUAGAGAUGGUAUACUUAUAUCGAUGAAUCGUAUACCAGAAGUAUGAAGAAUUGAUCAUUCAUUCAUUUAUUCAUUCAUUUCUUUGGAGCCAAAACAAAAAAAAUCUUUAUAUAUAAAUACUCGCUACACCUUAUUUGCCAUUUGCAUUGAUCAUUGAUUUUGGAUUCAAUUUCGGAAACAUUAAUGAUGAGAUUACAAACUAUUCUGCUUCCAUUGUUUUUCUUUCUUUUUGGUUUUUCAAUUUGUGCGGCAAAAAAAUCUUUGUUAUUAGAUAAGCCUGAAUGUACACAGAAACGACUGCAAGAAGUUGAUCGAAAUUUUCUACGUUUAAUUGCCAUCGGUGAAUUUGGACGUAAAUUUCCCGAAAAACAUUCGGAUUUACCGAAAUUUUGCAAAGAAACAAAUCGAUUAAUCGAUUCAAUGAUCAAAUUCAUUUCUGAUUGUUAUCCACCAGAUGAACAGAGAAUAUUUAAAAUUUAUUUUUUCAGUGCCAAACGUACGGUUAAACCAUUUUGUACGAAAAAACGAACAAAAAAAUUGCAACAGUUAUUAGAAUUGGGUCCUUGUUUAAAUACGAUAAUCAAUCAGAUUGAUUGUCUCGAUCAACUGACUAAUAAGACACGUGAAUUGAUUCCCUACCAAAUUGGUAGAGAUAAAAUCAAUUAUGCUUGCUGUUAUUAUGUGGAUGCAUUAAAAUGUGCUGAAAAUGUUCUGAAUAUUCAAUGUAUGACAAAUAAUGCAAAAGAUGUUGUCUUGGAUCUAGUACGAUCGAUUGGUGGUGAUAUGGUCAAUUUUGCUUGUGGUGAUUAUACGGAAUCCACAGAUCGUUGUGAUCAUAUUCCACCAUUACCGAAAAAUAAAUUCGAUAAAUCAGUGAAAGUGGAUAAAAAACUUCGAUCAAUUGCAUUUGCACAGAUUGGUAUGGUGGAAUCAAUGGAUGGUUUCAGUGCAGAACCUUGAAAAUUUUUGAAUUUUCGUAAAGAAUUCUUUUCUAGCCAUUUUAAAUAAUUGAUAAUGAUGAUAAUGAUAAAUGAUAAACUUAAAAUUUGAA